UCCGCUCGACCCACUCCCCCCCCCCAUUCUAGUACACUCUAGCGUGACGUUCAGAUCGUGCGGGUAGGGUGCGGCGGCAUUUUGCAAGUUCGCCAUUUUUCGUCUGCACUGCGUCUAGUGGGUUCCGGCGCAUCUGCUUCAGAAACGACUUCCUGCAAACGUUGCUGCAGAAACCACCACCGGGCUUAGACAUGUCCUUGACUCCCAUUGAGAAGCUUCGCCACCAGUGCCUCCAGCGGGGCGCGCACGGCAUCAAGGCGUUUGCACGGCAGUUCCGCGCCAUGGACCACUCCGGGGACAAGAAGCUUGACAAGAGAGAGUUCAAGAAGGGCCUGCAGGACUUCAAGGUGGACCUGAGCGACCAUGAGGUGGACACCCUGUUCAAGGAGCUCGACACGGAUGGCAGCGGCAGCAUCUCUUUCAACGAGUUCCUCGUUGCGCUCAGGCCUCCAAUGUCGGCGGCCCGUCUGGACUGCAUCAAAGAGACGUUCCACAAGAUGGACAAGUCCGGAGACGGAAUCAUCACUGUCAAUGACCUCAAGGGUCAUUACAACGCUCGGCAGCCCAAGUUCCAGAGUGGGGAACUCAGUGAGGACGACGCGUUUCAGCUAUUCCUGCAGAACUUCGACAGUACCAAUAACCCCGACGGCAAGGUGACAAUUGAAGAAUUCGUCGACUACUAUGCGGGUGUGAGUGCCUCUGUUGACACGGAUAGCUACUUCGACCUCAUGAUGAAGAAUGCCUGGAAGUUCUGAGCAACUCAAGAAAAAAGAUAACGAGUCCACCCUUGUUUGGCCACGCGAACCUUGUAGCCUGUAGUCACAUGAUGCACUGCCGUCACACGUGCUUUUUGUCCCGUCCCGGCUGAAACCGUCGUCGUGCAGACAUCCUCUAAUAUAUAACUCGUCUUAACAAUUCUCUUCCAGCUUCAUGUGUCGCUGUUUUUAUUGACAUGCUUUUUUAUUAUUCAGGGCAUCUUAUCGUUUGCAUCCAACUCUUAAUUAAUAAUUUUGUCAAACUUUUAUAUGUCUUAUAUCUGUAGUUUACUACACAUUUGGAGGGUUGUUUGCUUGUCUUCUGCGUGACAUGGAAAAAGAAAGAAUAUCCUAAUGCGUGCAGUGGGUAAACCCUCAUUUAAGUUGCUGUACUGACCAAAUGGGCUUACAUGCUUGCGUCACUACUACUUCAUGUUAAUGACCAUAUCAGUGAAAAAGCUGGUGUUUUUUAUUUUGUUUUCUUUCAUGCUGGUGACAGAUCUCCUGGUGCACAGCUAUUAUCAUCUGACUUACUUUUAAAAUUUUGGUGAAGUCACACAUAAAUGCCCACAUCGAUCUGUUAAGGUGAGCUGAAGUAUUAUUAGAGUAGCUGUGUUGCUAGGCCUAAUUUCCAAAGAAGCUUCUCUAGUCCUUCAGUUAUCGACUCAUCUUGUAAUAGGGAUACGUUGGUAAAUUAUAGGCUUUGUGAAGUAGUUAGUUUCUUUGAAAGUUGUUCCACUUAGUUGUUUGCCUCCAGCAGAACAUAAAAAAAAAAAAGAGUACAGUGCAACCAAAAACUCAAUCAUCAGGUGGAAAAUACAGUGAAGAAGAUGAAGUUGUCGUUGGACGUCUAGAAAGAAGACUACCAGUCAUUUUGACAUUUGCGAUGCAUUGGCGGAUUUGCAUGGCUGUUUUUAAACGUUCGUAAACCAAGUUCCAGUCUUAGAAUGACAGAACACAGGGCCCAAAGUGAUUAUUUUUUCUAGAAAAUUAAGACAUUCAAGUGUUUGUAAUGUCAAUCAAUUGUUCAAGUUAAAUAUGAUUUGAGUGUCGAAGUAGUUGUUUCAGAGCAAGUUGACACUUAUCAUUACUGUUGGUAAUAGAUUGGCAUGUUAUUUCACAUGCUCUGAUGUACCACAUCCAAUGCGAUACAUGUGAUAUAGUGUGUGUUGAAAUUUCAGGCAUUGCAGAGAGCUAGGAUUUGGUAACGGCGUUGUUUUAUUACUGUGUGACAAUUUGUUUGCUAUCUGGCACUCAAACGACUAACACAUGUUGUCAUUGGCAUCACUUGUUAAUCAAGCGAGUUACAUAAACCACAUUUGACAUAUUCGUGCAAAAAGAAUCUUUACGUGUUGUUUUCUGUGACACUUUUUCACAGUACACAAGUUGAACUGCCAAGGUGUGUUACGUGGCAAAGUGCUUGCCCCUUUUGUGGACAUAUUUAAACAUUGUCAGCAACAUUCCUAGUGUGAGAUCUGUGAAAAUUCUAUUCACUGUUUCCUGUGUACUGACAUUGUACCAAACAUUGCCUGCCAACUUUUUGCUGUCAGUUUGCCCUUUACAGAAGACUACCUAUCAUGCGUUAUACAGGAUUUAUAGAAUGUUCUAGCAGUGUUACUUUGGAAUGCACAAAGUUGUUUGUUAUCACAUCAGCAACAGGUUGUACCAUCUUUUGUUGGACCAAUUGCAAUUCUUGAUGCGUACUAGUUCGAUACAUUCUUACAAGCACUCUCCGUACCAAAGUUGCUAGUGCAAAUUUCCUUCGUUCCCCGUCAAGAUGGAACAAGCUGCUAUAAGAGUAAGUACGUUCCCAAAAUGAAGAGUUCUUUAUAUGCGGGGUCAUUCUUGAAUAUAGACAAAAAGAAAGAAAAGAAAGAUAUGGAAAUCUACUAGCUGCACUGUCAAUUCGGUGCCAUGUGCAAGGUGAUGCUUGAUUAGCUGUGCUGGUGACAGUUACCACUCAAGCAACUUCACUGCUGCUCAGUGAAUUAAUGAUCACUGAAGCACUUCGUUGCAAUGCUGUCAUUGUGAAAUGGCAUGUUGCUCACCCACACAAAAGGACUCGGUGCAGUCAGGCACUAUUCGUACAACUAGUUGCCUGUGUAACAAAGGUCUUCAGCGUUGGAAUCUGGCUGUAAGCCAUUUACGCUACUAGCUCACGUCACGCUAAGAUGGCAUGAAUAACAAGUUGCAUUUAAGGAAACUUUUUAAGCUCACGACCUGCUGCAACAUGGUUCUAACUCUUCGAGCCACAAUUCUGACAUAGAUACUACUUCGUCAAUUUUAGUUAUGGCUUUGUUUGCACAUGCUAGCUGUCAUGUCAAGCUGUUAAUGGUGACACGAAGGCGAGAACAAGUAAAUAAGUUUAAGGAUUUCUAUACGUCCUUUUAAAUCUUUGAGAGCACUUUGAACUUCUCAUUCACACUGUGUGAACGAGCACUGCGCUUUUGCAGUGCAGUUGCAGUUUUAAUGCGUGGAUAAGAUGUUGGAGUCAAGACAGGAUGCAGUGGCACUGAAAGGCUUUCUUAUUGUUCUGCGAUUUGAAAAAGGCAGACACAUGUGUGCAGUGUUGUCUUUUUUUUUCCCCCACUAGCAAAACUUGAGCUGAACCAGCAUUUAAUGUUUGCUCGAACAUGUUGAAUAUUUCUGUGAAAUGUCAAACAACUUGUCAAAGAAUUUGAUUCCAAAUUUGCUUUCAGUAAUUUGCUAUCCACUGAAAGUGUAGUUUUGCCAUUAAACAAGGUUAAGAUCCUCUAUAUCUAGCGGGAAAUAUGCUUAAUUGACAACACUGUAUGUGUUUUGCGUUUUUAAUUGUAGCCAAUAACAGUACAGCAUCAAAAGACUUGUUUGGAGUCAAUAAGUGGCUCACAACUGUCCCAUAUUGAACCGCCCUCUUGGUGCAUGCCUAAAUAUUUAAUGUAUCUUCCUUUAAUGACUCUGCCAAUGUGCAUUGAGUCUGCAUAAGUGGCAACCUGGACUGGGCACAGUCUAAUGAACAGAUAUUAUAUAUUUUGUGGUUGACUUAUGUCGCCUGCCUACUCCUGCUGUCUAGUUGUUUCACAGUCGCAAGUGUAUAUGUCAGCUCACAGAAUGCUGGCGCACGUCACUGUUUGAUUGACGUUGGUGUCAAUGACUGCAUUUUUUUUUUCAGCUUGCAACCUCAAGCAAUCUGAUGCUGAAAUAAUUGACUUCAAGUGCACAUAAUUUUUAAGAAUUUGUUUUAGCAUGCAGUGUCCAACCUGUUUUUUGAAUAUAAUGCUUUGAAUAACUUUGAACGUAAGGACAUGACGAUGCUGGUACGAGCGAUUUCGUGAAAGGUUUCUAAGCACAAGCUCUGGUUGGUGGCAGUGAUGUCUGUUGUAUGUACGUAACUUUGCACCAUUCCACUUUUGUGUGCAGCAUCCUUCGGUUUCACUACUUUUGUUACUGUCUCAAUACCUUUUAUGUUUUGCUUAUUCUCGUAGGUGUGCGUCGUCCACCACAUUUUUGUUGUUGUCAUUUCCGUAUACUGCUGUCUUCGACUGUAGCAUGCAUCUCAUUUUGAAAUCCUUGCUUAGAGCACGCGAAAGUGGUAAGCGCACAUUUCACGUACAUAGUGUACCGCCUUGUUAAUUUAUUUGUGGCAUUCUUAGAAUGCGUAUCUUUCUCAAAAUUGUUUUGCGUUUAUGAUCGAAAUAAAGAACGCUUCUGAAACACU